UGAUCAGAAAUGAGGAGGGGGUGGAAGUAGCGUGUGCUUCAUAAUAAUAAUUGUGAAGAGUAUGGUCAAGCGGAGGCCCGCGUGGGAGCCGCGACUGUGAGCGAGGCAGUGAGGGGGUGGGGGAAAACGCUCCUCCCAACAAAAUUUUUGGGAGACACGCGGACGGACGUUCAACUUCACUUGUUCAUUGUUCAUUUUUUUUUUUCGCAUUUUUUGGUCUUUUCUCUCUCUCUUUCUCCCUCUCUCUGUCCCUUUUCCCUGUCCCCAAAUGGCAUCGAAAGGGUGUGCUUUCGGUCCGCUGCUCCUUCUGCUGCUGCUAUUCUGCGUGAUUCAUUAUGUCCAGCCGGCACAAGCAGCCAACGCAUGUGGCACUGACGCCGUGUGCACUUGCACAGGAACCAGCGUCAAUUGCGGUGGCAGAUCUCUCACGGAGAUUCCAACUGCAGUCCCAGUCAAUACAACCUCGCUGGAGCUGAACAACAACCAGAUCACCAGCAUUUCCGCAGGCGCAUUCACUGGCCUGACUGCACUGACAUAUCUGAAUCUGAACAGCAACAGCAUCCGCAGCAUUUCGGCAAACGCAUUCACAGGGCUGACCGCGCUCAAGCACUUACCUCUGGGUUACAACGAGCUCGCCGACAUUUCGGCAACUGCAUUCGCAGGCUUAACUGCGCUGAAUGCAUUACAUUUGCAAUCCAACCAGAUUACCAGCAUUUCUGCAUCCGCAUUCGCAAGUCUGACAACGCUGACUUACCUGCGGCUCGACAGCAACCAGCUCACCAACUUUGCGGCGAACGUAUUCGCAGGCUUGAGUGCGCUGGCACUGUUAAAUCUCGAAAGCAACCAGAUCACCAGCAUUUCCGCAAACGCAUUUACAGACCUGACUGCGCUGACUCUAUUGUAUUUGCAACGAAACCAGAUCACCAGCAUUCCCACAUCUGCAUUCACAGGCCUCACAGCGCUGAAAGACUUGGAGCUCUUCAAUAACCAGAUCACCGCCAUUGCUGCAAACACAUUUUCAGGCCUGAGUGCGCUGACGCAAUUAUACUUGUUCAGCAACCAGAUCACCAGCAUUGCUGCCAACGCAUUCACCGGUCUGCCUGCGCUCACUGCACUGGCUUUGGAUGGCAAUCGCUUCACCACUCUGCCACCUGGUCUGUUUACGACCUUGCCAAAUGGCUUGUACUUGUCGUCCGGAUCCCAAUAUCUGAGCCCCAACAACUUUACCUUUGGGGGUAACACUGUCGCUCCGCCCAGCACCUAUGGCAGUGCAUCCCAACCAUCCCAGUGUGACACAGCCUGUGCCACCUGCUAUGCCGCCGGGUCCAGUGCGUGCUGCGAGGCCAAUUGCCUGUACUGCGCUUCAUCUUCUGUGUGCACUCAGUGCUAUGAAGGCUAUGGCAUCAUGAGCGGAUCCUGUGUUCCACUCUCUGUCAUUGCAUCUGCCUCAGUCGCUUCUGUCGCUUCUGCUUCGGUCGCAUCCAUCGACUCUGCUUCAGCCGCGUCUGUCGCUUCUGACGUGUCUGCUACCUCGGCAUCCUUUGCUUCAAUUGUUGCUGCCUCUUCAGCUUCCAUUGCAGCUGCUGCAAGCGUUUCAUCGGCAUCUCUCGCUUCGGUUGCUUCGGAUGCUUCCGCUACCUCGGCUUCUGCUGCUUCCCUUGCUGCUGCCUCUUCAGCAUCCCUUGUAUCGCAGAUGUCUGCUUCAGCGGCCAGCGCUUCAUCUGCAUGGCAAACAUCGGCUGCAUCUGCUGCGUCCGACUCUCCAAACGAGUCCAGCGAUCCUUCGACCCUGCCUCUGAUUCUCGGAGUCACUUUUGGCUUGUUGGCUCUCCUGCUAUUGACUGCGCUGGUUGUGGCCCUUUGGUGUCGACGCUCACCAAAGCCGGUGACUUCCGGCUCAGAACCGACUUACCCGUUUGUCAGCACAAUGUCAAACGUUGUGAAUCCAACCUAUGAAAUUUUGGCCAUUGCCGACAACCAAGCUGUCUACGAACAUGUUGGCUCAACGCCUCAGGCCCCUGUGGGCUCGUCGGAACCGCUCUACACUGAAGCAUCUGCAUCCAGUGUCCAGUACGCGAAUCCUUCGCUGCCCGAUGCCUCGUCUGUUCGCGUGCCAACCGCGUCCUCGGCAACCGCUUACUCGACAAUCGCUGUUGCAACAUCCUCGCAGGCCGAGAAUGUUGACUACACGUCUAUCGCAAACUAGCAACCUGUCAUCCCUUCUUCAUUUUGUGUUUCGGUGCAUCUCUUUGAUCUCUGUUCGUGCAUUUUCAUUCUGGUGUCUGCCUGUUUCAAGAAAGCACGUUGAAUGAAAUUGUGCCCUUCGCAGCCUUCCAACAAUGCA